UUUCAGUUCAUCGUUUUUAUUUUACAUGGCCAUGGAGCUCGGAAGAGCGACCAUGGUGCUCGGCGGUGCGUCCGCCAGCACGGAUUUCUCGCGAUUGAUGAGCGUAAGCUCCACCAGCGCGAGCGCAUUGGAUAGGGUUUGGAGGCGCGGCAGGAGCGCCUUGGAAUGGCGUGGCGGUAGCAAUCGGCGGAGGCGAGAGAGAGCCUGGCUGCGAGCGAUUGAUUGCUGGGAGAGUAGCUUGAGACGUCGGGGGUCACACUGGAAGGUAUCGGCAGUGUCCACGUCUGUGAAAGAAAUAGCCCAGGAGGUAGAGUCUUCUUCUUUGCCUUUCAAUUUUCUCGAGGAGGAUGAUAGUGAGAAGGCAACCUCAAAGAAAGGCAAGGGCGGCACCACAGGGGCGUCGUCAGUGUCUUCCGGCGUUAGGCUGGAACACAUUAGCAAAACUUUCAAAGGCACUGCUCUACUCAGAGAUAUCAACUGGGAGGUGAAGAAAGGAGAGAAAGUUGGGCUGGUUGGAAUCAAUGGAGCUGGAAAAACUACGCAAUUGAAGAUUAUAUCAGGGGAAGAACAGCCAGAUUCUGGGACUGUGCUUAAGGCCAAGCCGAACAUGAAGAUCGCGUUUCUCACGCAGGAGUUUGAGGUGGUUCCGACCAGAACUUUGAGGGAGGAGUUCCUCAGCGCUUUCAAGGAGCAAAUGGAGAUAUCGAGGAGGAUUGAGCAAGUCCAAAAGGCUCUCGAGACCGCCACCGAGGACAUGGCGUUGAUGGGGAAGUUGCUGGACGAACUAGACAAGCUCCAAAAGAAGGCCGAGGCGACUGAUCUCUACGACGUCGACGUGAAAGUGAACAAAGUUAUGCCGGAGCUGGGAUUCUCGCAAGAUGAUAAUGAUCGCUUGGUGGCAUCGUACAGUGGAGGGUGGCAAAUGCGUAUGUCACUGGGUAAGAUCUUACUCCAGGAACCUGAUCUCUUACUUCUGGACGAGCCGACGAAUCAUUUGGACAUGGACACAAUUGAGUGGCUUGAAGGCUAUUUGAAAAAGAUCGAGGUGCCCAUGGUGGUUGUCUCUCACGACCGAGCUUUCCUGGAUCAGCUGUGUACGAAAAUUGUAGAGACGGACAUGGGAGUGUCGAGAACAUACGAAGGAAACUACAGUAACUACGUGCAGGCCAGAACGACGUGGGCUGCAGAACAGGAGAUGAAGUGGAGAAAGCAGCAAAAGGAAAUAGCUCAAGCCAAGGAAAAUGUUAGCAGUGCUAACAGUGGACAGGCAACAUCAGCUAAACGGCAACUUGAAAAGAUUCAAGAGAAGGAUCUUGUGGAAAAGCCUUUUGAGCACAAGUCGAUAAGGUUUCGUUUUCCUGAAGCUGGACGGAGUGGUCGCAUGGUUGCUAGUGUAAAAGAUCUCACCCUCCAGUACGGGGAAAAGGUUUUGUUCAAAAAGGCAAACAUGAAUGUGGAAAGAGGCGAGAAACUGGCAAUUAUAGGUCCAAAUGGUUGUGGCAAGAGCACCUUACUGCGCCUGAUUCUGGGUUAUGAGAAACCAACCCGUGGAGAUAUAACUCUCGGCGAGCAUCGAGUUGUACCCAACUACUUUGAGCAGAAUCAGGCUGAGGCAUUGGAUCUUAACAAAACGGUCUUGGAAACAGUGGAAGAAGUAGCCGAGGACUGGAGGCUCGACGACAUCAAAGGCCUGCUUGGAAAGUGCAACUUCAAGGCUGAGAUGUUUCCCAGGAAAGCGGCCUUUUUGAGUGGAGGCGAAAAGGCUCGGUUGGCAUUUUGCAAAUUCAUGGUCAAGCCUUCGACUUUGCUCGUACUGGACGAGCCUACAAACCACCUUGACAUCCCUACGAAAGAAAUGCUGGAGGAGGCUCUGAGAGAAUACCACGGCACGGUUCUCGUCGUCUCGCACGAUCGCUACUUUGUGCGGCAGAUUGUCAACAGAGUCGUGGAAGUGAAGAACGGACGACUGGAAGACUACAACGGAGACUACAACUACUAUCUCGAAAAGAACUUGGAGGCACGGAGAAAGGAGCUCGAGAGGGAGCAAGAGCUGGAAGGCAAGGCCCCGUUAGUGAAAGCCAAGUCCAAGAUGUCCAAGGCUGAGAAAGAACUCCAGAAGAAACAAAAGGCCCAAUCGUACCAGCAGAAAAACUCCAAAGGAAAGUUGUCAAAGAAUUCCAAGCGCUGGAAUUAAUAGAGUCAAUUCCUUUGUACAGGAUCGAGCCAAUCAAUCAAACUGUAGUUAUCUAAGUGUAA